AUGGCUAAAUCAAAGACCACGCGCGCUCCUGCGUCCCUGUUUUCCCCGCCCUCCAACCAAGGGCAAAUGACUCUCAAGACCAAAGCCAAGAAGAACAGUGGACACUCCCGGAAACAAAAGCGAGCACAAUAUGAUGCGGCGCCACGUUCAGAUCCGCCUCCUCAGGGUGAUCGUGUUGAAUACUAUGAGGGUAAGGCCGGAACGGCCAUUAAGGGUUUCGAGCAACAGUUUGGCGGCGGCGGUAGCAAAUAG